AUGGCCAGCCGAAGGAAGAACACAACCCCUUGUAGAGCUGAUGCUUCUGUUAGAGCUGAUUACAUGAUGGGGCAGGAGGAUCCAGGUGAGAUGGAGGUAUCGGCGAACGACAAAAGCACAGUGGCGAAUGGAUCCACAGAGAUGCUUCCUGGAGAGGACUGGAGCUCUGGGACAGAGCCUAGUGGUUCGCGCCAGGAGUCGCCGGCCCCUGAGAAACCUAAUGCGGUGGAUUCAAAGCCACAGAGGAAGCAGCAGGGAGGCUACGAAUGCAAGUACUGUCCGUUCUCUACGCAGAACCUGAAUGAAUUCAAAGAGCACGUGGAUUCCAGUCACCCCAAUGUCAUUCUCAACCCGCUCUACCUGUGUGCUGUGUGCAACUUCAACACAAAGAAGUUUGACACCUUGACAGAGCACAACGAGCGGUGUCAUCCAGGGGAGAGCAACUUUAAGUUCAAGAGAAUCAAACUGAACAAUCAGACCAUCCUAGAGCAGUCGAUAGAAGGAGCAAGCAACGCCGUCGUCUGUGAUUCAACCAACGGCAUUCUUACUGGAGAAGACUUCGCCACUUUCCCCCUGUGCAAAUCUACAACGGUGAAGAUUAGUAAGCCAAAAAUAGACAACAAACGGUUAUUGACAGAAUGUAAAUCGGACAGACUCAACCCCGAGCUCCACAAAAAGCAGAUCGCCGCUGUGAAUAUGAACGGUACCAUGAUCAUCCCAGAAGCGACCCUAAAAGAUGGCGUCUCACAUAUCAUGCCUUCUCUUCAGCGCCCGCCUAACUACAAUUUAGUACCAAAAAUCGCUGUCCCUUUGAACACCUCCAAGUACAACCCUUCACUGGACAAUAACAUGACACUCAUCACAUCCUUCACCAAGUUCCCGUACCCGACCCAAGCGGAACUCUCCUGGCUUACCGCUGCCUCGAAGCACCCCGAGGAACAGAUCAAGGUGUGGUUCACCCUCCAGAGACUGAAACAAGGCAUCAGCUGGUCCCCUGAAGAGGUGGAAGAAGCUCGGAAGAAGAUGUUCAACGGUACCAUCCAGUCAGUCCCACAGACUACUUUCACUGUGCUGAGCGGUGCCCAGCUGGCCCAGUCCACCAAAGGACAACAGUCCCUAGUUCAAUCCGUCCCCUUCAACCUCCUGGGACAGACCAGUUAUGUGUUGACGCCGGUUGCAAACGGCUCAGCUGUCAGUUGUUCUCCCAUCACGCUAACCAUGGCAAACCAGGUGGUGCAGUCUGUCAAGCGACCCUUGGCAGCUCCAGUAGUGGCCGCUUCAGAGAUCAAACGUCCCUCCAUAAUCCAGACGAUUCAGGCACCUACACUUAGACUGGUGGCUUCGCCUAAACCCAGCUUCACGUCAGACUCUAAUAAAACCCCGGACCAGAUUGUGGUGCUGAAAGCUAGUUACACCCAGUGCCAGUUCCCUGAAGAGGAGGAAGUGUACCGUCUCAUUGAGUCCACCGGCCUCUCUAGAGGAGAGAUCAAGAAGUGGUUCAGCGAACAACGACUCCUCAAUUACAAGGUGGCGCCACAGGUGAUCAAGAUUGAGCCCCAGGCAUUGAAUGACAGUCAGCCCAAAAAGGCUGUCCCCACCCAGUUUCCUCUCCUGGAGAGGCUCAAAGGCAAAUCCUCUGAGCAGCUCGAGAUGCUAGAGGAGAGUUUUCAGAGGACCAGCUCCCCCACUGAAAUUGACGUCGACAACCUUGUUGUGGACACAAGGCUCUCCAAGACUGAGAUCGACUGCUGGUUCUCAGAGCGCAGAGCGCUGCGGGACAACUUGGAGCAAGCCCUGGCAAACUCCCUGGGUCCUAAGAGCCUUGAGGAGCAACGAGGGAUACUGAACAGUGUUUACGAGCAGGACAGCAAAGUCCGGCGCUCACCUCUUCCCAUUGUCACCACUUCCACCAGUCCUGAGCCCAUCGACAGCAAAUCCCUGGGGCUUCUCAAAGAGGUGUUCACCCAGACCCAGUGGCCGUCACCAGAAGAGUACAGCCAGCUGGAGGACCUGACGGGUUUGUCUCGCACAGAGAUCGUCCGCUGGUUCAAGGAAAACCGAUCCGCCCUGGCGAGUGGAACAUUGGACUGGAUGGAACCGUUUCAGAAAGUCAACGGCAAAGCAGGACAGAAUGGUCAGAGCUCGUCGACGUCAGCGAUCACAGAACGACCUCCAAGCAGCGUUCUCCAGCAGCACUUCACAGAAGCCAAGACGACACUGCUUUCAGAAGAAGACGCAGAGAAGCUUCCAUUGCAGUCGAAACUCAUCAACCAGGACAUAGUCCAGUGGUUUACCAGCAAGCUGGGCCAGAGUAUGACGGACAUCAGCAGGGGCAGGGACCAACAUGGACAGGCCAGCGUGGACAGAAGCAGAUGGGUGAAGGUGACCAUGGCUGUAGGGGACGAGACUAAAGGUGCUUUGGAGAACCAGAAGAUGGGAUCAGAGACAGAGGUGCUGAUGGGAGACCAACCUGGUCGGGUGACUGGAUGAAAAGAGCAUGGUGAGUAGCCUAUGAUAAGCUACUGUACUGCAGGUUUAUAAUUCCUUUGAGAGUAGCCUAUGAUAAGCUACUGUACUGCAGGUUUAUAAUUCCUUUCAGAAUGACGUAUUUCAGUGUUAAUGAUUUUCGUCUUGAUGCCUGUAAGUAACUCAGUCAAAAAAUACGGAAAUUGGUUAUGUAGUAGUGUGAUGGUUUUCCCUUUAACAGAGCGACGGCAACCAUCUAGCAGCUGUGACUAAUAACCACCCGGGAUGCCUGUAAUUUAGCCUUCAGGAAAAACAUCUUGGCAGGAAGAGGCUACUGGGAUUACACAUGUAGUUAUCACUGGGGCUGUUUUCCCUGGUGAACAGAAAACUACCUCUGAUAACCUGCUGUAUUGGUCUGUUAAUUGCUAAUUAAAAGCUGCAGAAUGACAGGUUAAUAUAUGUGACGUUGACGACAAAUGUGUUUUGUCAGCCAUUUGUAUAACAAGUCUGUGUCUUGACAUUUACUUUGUUUCAGAGGACAACAACAGAGGAUGCUGAGUUUCUCAGACAGAAGAUUCUCAAGAUUGUUGAAUCUGGAACCAAUGAUUUCCUACCUGGCCUAUGACAUCAGGGGCACGGAGGAUGGUAGAGUCCACUCAGAACACUGACUGGGAAGACCACUGAGUACCAAAGCUGGACUUGAUACAUUUAGUAUUACACUUAUUAAAAAAGGGCCCUUGUAAAUAUUUUUCUGUAUUGCAAAAGCUUUGUAAACAUUUUCGGGGGUUGAUGGUUUUUACAUUUAUAACAGGAGUCCCCCAAUAACCCCUAUUAGAACAAUGUUUUCAUUUUUAUGACUAUGAUGGUCAUUGUAAACCAAUUCAUCAGUUGGUAAUUUUUAUUUUUAAAACAACAAUAAAACAUUUUAAAGUGACUAGCAGCUGGUCAUAGAUGGCACUUAUUUCACGUGGACAGACGAGGAACACUUCUGAUCUGAUAACCAGUGAGUUCAUCCAUUGGACUAGAAUCACCUAGCCUGGGUACCAAAUGUUUGGCAUAUGACAAAGAGUGGAUUGAUAGCACAAACAGGUCUGCUACCCAGGCUAAGAAUCACCUACUACAUUACAAUAAGUUCCCUCUCUCAUGCUGAACACUACCGUUGCCUGAGAAUACAGUCAGCCACGGAAUGGACAUGAAUAAAAACAAAGAAAAUGCACUGUACAUGUUUUUGUAGUUCAGUCUCAUUUUUGAAUUGUUGCAUCAGUAACUGGUAUUUUCUCGUGUUGGCUUUCUAGAUAUCCUAGGUGUUAGGCUCCAUUUCAAUGGCAGAUUUGCGACUGCUCGCUCAUUGAGUUUUUCAUGCUUCUGCUAUUAGUGAGUCAUGUUCAUACAUGUAUCUGGAAUACUGUGCUUCUACCAAGAGUCUCUUUGCUUGCUCUUUUUUAAAAUCAGUCUGCUGUAACUCAAUAAAACACAACCAAGUGAAAGCUGUCUCUUGGUCCCUUGUGCACUGGUCACUACUCAGAGAUACUUAACCCUA